AUGGAGAAGCUAGCAUUUCUUGAUCUUCUCUUAGCUUUCCUAUUGAUGUUUCAGCCCGCCAUUUGUUCCAGCAACUUCACUGAUCAAGAUGCUCUCCUCCACUUCAAAUCAGCGAUCGAAGUCGACCCGACGAACACAAUCAAACGCGGCAAUUGGACUGCCGAAGCAAAUUUCUGCGAAUGGAUCGGGGUCGUCUGCAGCAAGCGCAGGCAGAGAGUCACGGCUUUAGACCUCCGUGGCAUGGGUCUCCAGGGAAGACUGUCUCCUUACCUGGGCAAUCUCUCUUUCAUGGUUUCUCUUGAUCUUCGCAACAACAGUUUCUACGGCACGAUUCCGACAGAAAUCGGUCGUUUACGCUGCCUGAGAAAACUCAUACUCCAAUUAAACCAGUUCGAAGGAAACAUUCCUCCUAACUUAGCCCAGUGCCGAAAUCUCGAAGUGAUAACAGUUGCGGCUAACAGGCUAACGGGUGGCAUACCGAGAGAAUUCGGCACCUUCCCUAAGUUGCAACAACUGUUUCUUAGCCUCAACCCCUUACGGGGUCAAAUUCCGAGCUUCCUGGGCAACAUAUCCACAUUGCAGGUCAUUGCUCUGGCUGUGGCUAAUCUCACAGGUUCGAUUCCUCCAACACUUUUCAAUGGAUCGCUCACUAUUGUCGACUUCACGUCUAAUGAUCUCUCGGGAAGUCUUCCCUCCGAUCUUUGCAACCGCUGGCCUAACAUUCAGAGGCUUUUGCUGUCUGACAACCAAUAUGGUGGCCUGCUACCAGAGACGCUAACCCAAUGCAAAGAGCUUCUCGUGUUGUCGUUGUCCAUCAAUCGUUUCCAGGGAAGCGUUCCUCGAGACAUAGACAGCUUGCAAAAGCUGCAGGCGCUCUAUCUCGGCACUAACAACUUGACCGGCACAAUUCCUCGAACCAUUGGUAACAUGUCAAGCUUGCAUAUCUUGAACUUAGGUUUUACCCCCAUCGGAGGUGACAUUCCGCGUGAGAUAGGCAAUUUGGUCAAUCUGAAAGUAAUGAACCUUCAGUUUAUUAUGCUAACAGACGAAGUUCCUCAAGAGGUUUUUAAUAUCUCUUCGCUCCAAAUGCUUGCUUUGACAGACAAUUCACUCUCUGGAAGCCUUCCCUCGGGUAGCGAUCUCAGCCUUCCGAAUUUGGAAGAACUCUAUCUAGCCAAUAAUUGCUUUGGUGGCAACAUACCGGAGUAUUUCUCGAAUCUUUCGAACCUAAUCCGUUUCGAUGCCGGGUUCAAUCAGCUCAGUGGUCCACUACCCUUGAGCUUGGGCAACUUGAAGAAUCUCACAUUCUUCGCGGUUGACUCAAAUCAGCUAACAGGAGAGACUUAUGGUGCGGAGCUUGGUUUUCUCUCUGCUUUAUCUGAUUGCCAAUCGCUGCAAACAUUGGUUCUGGCAGGAAACCCGCUUGGUGGCUCCAUACCAGCAUCUAUCAAAAACUUCUCCAGUUCCCUACGUAUUAUGCUCGCUCCCAAUUGCCAAAUAAGAGGUUGCAUUCCCAAGGAAAUGGGUUUCUUGAAGAGCUUGACUUACCUAGACUUGAGCGAUAACGAUCUGGAUGGCAACCUCCCAUCGUCAAUCGGAGGACUAGAACGCUUGCAGAGGCUAUAUCUUGAUAACAACCAUCUUGAAGGACCGAUCCUCGAUGAGAUAUGCAACUUGACAAGUUUAGGAGAGUUAAUGCUCCGGCAGAAUAGGAUAUCGGGAUCCAUUCCAAAUUGCAUUGGAAACCUGAGCAGCCUUCAAAAGUUUCUCGUAAGUUCGAAUAACAUGACAUCGGUUAUUCCGGUUAGCCUUUGGAGUCUUCAAGAACUUAUCUUCCUCAAUCUGUCAGUCAAUUCUUUCAAUGGAGGACUACCACUUGAAAUGGGAAAAAUGACAGCUAUAGAGAGCAUCGAUCUUUCUUGGAACCGGCUUACUGGCGCCAUACCGAAUUCCAUCCAGGAGUUGAAGAGCCUCGCCUGUCUCAACUUGUCAAGGAACUCGUUUCGAGGAUCAAUACCACAAUCAAUUGGCGACCUUAAAGGAUUGGAUUUCCUCGAUCUCUCCUACAAUGAGUUAUCCGGCACGAUACCCGAGUCCAUGGAAGGACUAAAAUUUCUGCAAAACUUGAAUGUGUCCUUUAAUAAUCUAUCGGGAGAGAUUCCUAACAGUGGACCGUUUAGAAAAUUUUCGGCUCUCUCCUUCAUCGGGAAUCAAGCACUUUGUGGAAAUGCGAUUUUUCAUGUCCCACCUUGCAAAAUAAAGGGAAAGAAGUCAUCAAAGGAAGAGCGGCUCCGGUUACUCUACAUCAUGGUGCCAAUUGUAUCAGCUAUACUUUUAGUCCUUGUUAUUUGCUUGCUUAGAAAGCGUCGGAACACUAGGAAAGAAGUUCCGGUUUCCAUGGAAAAUGCGCCCGGAAUUGACCACCCGAUGAUAUCAUAUCGGGAGCUUUGCUCUGCUACUAACAACUUCAGCGAAAGCAAUUUGCUCGGAGCAGGAAGCUUUAGCUAUGUAUACAAAGGGACUCUGGCCAAUGGGGCGGACAUUGCGGUCAAAGUACUGAAUCUCGAUAUCGAAGGUGCUGUGAAAAGUUUCGACGCGGAAUGUGAGGUCUUUCGCAAGGUCGCGCACCGGAAUCUCGUCAAGGUGAUCAGCACUCGCACGAACCCCGAUUUGAGAGCUCGGGUGCUGCAAUAUGUGCCCCACGGGAGCUUGGAGAGGUGGCUUUACUCCAACAACUAUAACUUGGGUCUCCAUCAGCGAGUGAAGAUAAUGGUCGACGUCGCAGUGGGGAUCGAAUAUCUCCACCAUGGCCAACCGCAACCCAUUGUGCAUCGUGAUCUAAAGCCUAGCAAUGUUCUUCUAAACGAGGACUGGUCGCCCAAGUCUCGCGACUUUGGAAUCGCGAAGAUUUUGGCUGAGAACAAGCUUGAAACACGAGACCGAACUCUCGGCACGAUUGGUUACCUUGCUCCAGAGUAUGGUCCGGAAGGAAAAGUCUCGACAAAAGGAGAUGUUUACAGCUUCGGAAUAUUGCUAUUGGAAGUGAUUACUAAGAAGAAGCCAACCGAUGAAAUGUUCGAUGCGGAUAUGAGCUUGAGGCGAUGGGUAGGUGCAGCGAUUCCAGGCAGAGUGCUUGACAUCGCGGAUCGCGAACUCCUUAGCACGGAACAUGAAGAUCUGACGCUUUUGGAACUCGAGAGCAUAGUCUUAUCGAUCCUAGAGUUGGGACUGGAAUGUUCAAAGGACUUGCCUGAGGAAAGAAUGGACAUGGGAGCUGUCGUGGUUAAGCUCAACAAGAUCAAGUUGUCACUUCCUUGACAAGAAAAUAAGGUGAAGAGCAGUUCAUGGAAUUCGAACAUGGUGUUGUCUUUGUU